AUGUUCCAGCCGCGCCCAGAGGAACACCUGUACCUCCGGCUUCACAGAGCGCGGUCCGUGGUUCUUACUUCGCAAGAACUCGUCGAGCUUCGCGCUGCGCAACGUACCUUUGAGGGCGCGUACAUGCGCACCGCCCUCGGCCAGUUUUCCUUUUCGCUCAUCAUCUUGAAAAUAUUCACCGACGAGUUCUACGCCAUAGGGGCUCUGUUUGCUGCGUAUGGCUCGGCCGUCGUCCUGGUGGCUGCGCAUCGCCGGUACCAGGGCAACCGCCAGUUCUUCACCGCCGAGUCUCCCAGUGGCGCUCUGCGGAGCAAGUUCCAAACAAGUGGCGAUACCGUUUUGCUCAUGACGGCGCUGAGCUUGGGGGCAUAUGUGACGCUGCUGAUAUUGACCUGGCGGCUCGUUUCGUGA